UCACAGUGUUGGCGGCUCCACGCUGCAGACGGAGGACGACGUCUUGGUGGGUUUCCUCGUCUGUCUGCAGUCUGCGGCAAGAACUCCCAGAGGAAAGAGCCUUUAUCGGCCAUCCAUUCCCUUUAACUAACACACACACACACACACACACACACACACACACACACACACACACACACACACACACACACACACACACACACACCCGCAGGGGCGCAGUGGGCAUCCAGAUGCAAUCUGUGUCUCUCUGUCUCUGUCUCUUUCUGUCUCUGCUUGCAUCUCUCUCACCUGUGAGUGAGUCCAUUACCGUAAAACAGAGUGAGCCCAGAGCAAGCCGACCAGGAGGAGAAGAACAGACAGGAGGGAUGGCUACUACUCAGAGGUAAAGAGAACGUACAGCCACGGGACGUACCGGGCAGGUGCCAUGCGUCAGAUCAGUCUGGUGGGGGCAGUGGACGAGGAGGUGGGGGAUUACUUCCCAGAGUUCAUCUCUAUGCUGGAGGAGUCGCCCUUCCUAGAGCGGACGUUACCGUGGGGUACGUUCUCCAGUCUGAAGCUGAAGAGUCCAACAGAGAGUGACGACGGGCCCAUCAUGUGGGUGCGACCUGGGGAACAGAUGAUCCCUGUUGCAGACAUACCAAAGUCUCCCUACAUAAGGAGAAGGUCAACCAAUGAGAUCAAGAACCUGCAGUACCUACCUCGGGCCAGCGAGCCUCGUGAGAUGCUGUUUGAUGACCGGACGCGUGCCCACGCUGACCACAUCGGACAGGGCUUCGAGAGGCAGACCACCGCCGCUGUAGGGGUGCUCAAGGCCGUGCGCUGUGGAGAGAGUGCGGAGCCCCCUCGCGUUACCAAAGACGUGAUCUGUUUCCAUGCUGGAGACUUCCCUAACGUAGUCCAGAGGUUACAACUGGACCUGCACGAACCGCCUCUGUCCCAGUGUGUGCAGUGGGUGGACGACGCUAAGCUGAACCAGCUGAGACGCGAGGGGAUCCGCUACGCCCGUAUCCAGCUGUAUGACAACGACAUCUACUACAUCCCUCGUAGUGUGGUCCAUCAGUUCAAGACUGUCUCUGCUGUCUGCAGCCUGGCAUGGCACAUCCGCUUAAAACAAUACCACCGAGAGCCUCCAGGCGAGGAGGAGAGGAAGGUGGACGUGUCGACGCUACGAGUCAAACAGGAGGAGUUUGGGGAUGCCUUGAUGGGAGGGACCACAGCUCCUCUCACGGACCCCAAACCCCCCAAAGACAGAGACACUGCCCACCCGGAGGUCAAAGUGGAAUCUCAACCUGCGGAUAUAAGGCUGCCCAAGCCCUCUGUCACCUCACCCAUCGCCCCCCUACCAGCUCCCAUCACCCCCCUAACUCCCUCCAAAUCAUCUUUGCAGGACACCAAGCCCAAAUCACAUCACCAUCAUCCCCACUACUACCACCACCAUCAUCAUCAUCAUCAUCAUCAUCACUCAGAAUCACAUCAAACCACUACCACACACUCUUCCUUGUCUUCCUCACUCAAACCCUCCCCCACCUCCACCACCCCAUCCUCUCCCAAACCCAGUCUGUCAUCCUCUCGUACCCCCUCUCCCAAAUCUAGCCCCACUUCUACACACUCUCCCUCCUUCAAACCCACCCCGGCUUCCACUCGUACCCCCAGUCCCUCUCUCUCACGCAAACCCUGCCACACCCCUACCCACACCCCUAUCCCUACCCACACCCUUACCCACACCCCUACCCCUAUCCCUACCCACACCCUUACCCACACCCCUACCCACACCCUUACCCACACCCCUACCCCUACCCACACCCUUACCCACACCCCUAUCCCUACCCACACCCUUACCCACACCCCUACCCCUAUCCCUACCCACACCCUUACCCACACCCCUAUCCCCUUUUUGACGCCCUCCUCUGCACCCCUUCUAUCUUCUUCAAGCCUGGCCUCCAGCCACACAGAGAGCAGGACCCCUACGCCCCAGUUCCGGCCCCAACCCCAGCCCAGACCGGACAAAGCCAAGGACAAAGCCACUUCUCUUUACCCAAAGGCCCCAGUCACCCCCCCGGAAACACGGCCUCCUGGCCCCCCACACCCCUCCUCCCUCUCCUUUAAACACCACCUGCAUGAGCAGCAGCAGAAAGACUGUUUCUACUGAUCUUUGUACAUAGUGUUUUUAAAUGUCUCUUUGGGGUCCUGUUUUAAUCCGAUCUAAAGGAAGGAGAAGACAGAAGUAAAACCAUGGUAUCAACACGGUGUGUGAUGUAUUCUAAGGAACACGUAAAGCUCUGUUGGUCUGCAUCCUAAAUGGCACCCUAUUCCCUAUAAAGGGAUCUACUUUGUGACCAGGGCCCAUAGGACAGAUCUGUUCAAAAGUAGUGCACUAUAUAGGAAAUAGGGUACCCUUUUAUGAUGCACACUUGCUCUGUUCUGUUACCGAAUGAAUACAUUGCAAAUGUAACAUUCCUCAGUGCCUGUCCAUAACUGUGUAGCCUGGUCCCAGAUCAGUUUGUAUUGUCUUGUCUCAUUGUUGACCGUAGUUGGAGUUGGCUUGGCAAGAAGGCAUAAACUGAUCUGGGACUCAGGCUAAUAUCUGUGAACUGUCAAAGCACUUAGGGCCAGAAACACUGGUACUCUGCAGGUCUGACAAACAUACAGGUCCUUAAAUAAUAUAUUUUAGUUUUAGGUUAUAGAUCGAUUAUUAUUAGAGCUGACAUUAACAUAUAUAUAUUUUUUGUAAGAUGAUGAGAGACAUUAUUUUAAAGGAUUACUCCAGGCUGUUUUUUGUUCCCCCCCCAGAGGCUUAUUUAUAUCAAGGAAGCUUUUAGUUUUCAUAAUUUUUGUUCGAUUUUAAUUGUCAGCACUGUAGUGUAAAUAACUUUUUGUAAGGAGAACAACUUGUAGUGUGAUUUCUACAUAAAUAUGGACCUCUUAAUAAAGGGUAACGUUAUGA